AUGGGCAAUCACACCACAGUGCACACAUUCCUUCUGUGGGGAUUUUCCAGUUUCCCACACCUGCAGAGUCUACUCUUUGUGGUGAUUUUCUUCUCCCAUGUGACCAUCCUGGCUGCAAAUGCGGCCAUCAUGGUGGCCAUCAGGCUCAGUCCAAACCUUCACACCCCCAUGUACUUCCUCCUCUUUGGCCUGUCCUUUUCAGAAACUUGUACCACCCUGGUGAUCAUCCCCCGCAUGUUAGUGGAUUUGUUAUCAGAUAGCAAGACCAUAUCUCUUCCUGAGUGUGCCACACAGAUGUUGUUCUUUUUUGGCUUGGGAGGCAACAACUGCUUCAUCUUGGCUGCCAUGUCCUAUGACCGCUACUCAGCCAUCCACAACCCGCUGCGCUAUCCCAUCCUGAUGACCCAUAAGAUCUGCUUUCAGCUCAUGGUGGCCUCUUGUAUUACUGGGUUCCUCAUUUCUCUGUGCAUCAUCACCAUUGUAUUCAACUUGUCUUUUUGUGACUCUCACAUCAUCCAGCAUUUCUUCUGUGACAUCUCACCUGUGGUGCACCUUGCUUGUGAUUAUACUUUCCAUCAUGAAAUGACUAUUUUUGUGCUCUCUGCCUUUGUCUUGGUCGGUAGCUUGGUUUUAAUUAUGAUUUCCUAUGUCUUCAUAGCAUCCAUAGUUGUGAAGAUGCCGUCUACAAAAGGAAGGUAUAAGGCCUUUUCAACUUGUUCCUCCCACCUCAUUGUGGUGUCCAUACACUAUGGAUUUGCUUGCUUUGUCUAUCUGAGGUCCAAGGGCAGUGACGCAUUUCGUGAAGACAUGCUGAUGGCUGUGACAUAUACAGUGCUAACACCACUGCUUAACCCCAUCGUUUAUAGUCUAAGGAAUCAAGAAAUGCGAAUCGCUCUGAAGAAAGUUCUAGACAAUUGCAGUAGGUUUAUCUUUCAGAUGGCAAAUAAAUGA